AUUCAAUGUCGUCUUCCUAUUUUACAGUUUUCUGAUUCUAACUGUAUAUUAAAGGUUGCUGGAACAUGGACACUUCCGGAGGAAGCAAUCGCACAUAUUGGUGGUCUGAUAGAUUUAAAGCAGGCUGAGAAGUUUAUCCCAGUAAACAGUUUACGAAAAGCUGGCGUUAAACUUACUCUGUCCAGUGACUAUGAUGUGUCUCCUGUUAAUCCUUUCCAAGGUUUAAAACAUGCAAUGAAUAGAGGAGCAGAAAGUGUGGAACUGCAUCAGGCCAUAGAGAUGUACACAAUAAAUGCUGCGUACACUAUGCGUCAAGAAAAAGUUGUUGGAACUUUAGAACCAGGAAAAGAUGCGGAUAUGAUUGUGAUUAGUCAAGAUAUCUUUGCAAACAAGAAUACAGUCGAGAAAACUCAAGUUUUACAAACUCUAUUGGCAGGAAAUGAGGUUUACAGGAGGAGUACUUACAAGCCGACUGUUCAAAAUGUUUAGAUGCAAUUGCGUAAUUUCAUAUUCGUUAAAUUUGAAAUAUAAUUUGGACAAAAUAUCAUUUCUGAAAUACAAUCCCUUUUUGCUGA